CCCCCAGCAGGCCGGGCUCUCCUCCUCGAAGCGCGCAAGAUGCGCGCGGCGGCUGUGAACCCCAGCCGCAGAGCGAGGCUCCGGGUUCGGGGCGGGAGCACCACGCCUGCCCCAGGGAACCGCACAGGCACCUGUGCUCAGCUGCAGCCCCCCCCGCGGGGCACCCUGCAAGUCCUCCGUGGCGAUGGCACUGCUGUGGGGACUGUGCUCAUGUUCCACUGCCCCUCCGGCCACCAGAUGGUGGGGUCUGGCCUGCUCACCUGUGCCUGGAGGGGGAUCAUUGCCAACUGGUCUUCAGGAACCCCUGUAUGCAAGGCUGUGCCACCCCAUGAGACCUUUGGCUUCAAGGUGGCAGUGAUUGCCUCCAUCGUGAGCUGCGCCAUCAUCCUGCUCAUGUCCAUGGCCUUCCUCACCUGCUGCCUCCUCAAGUGUGUGAAGAAGAGUGAGCAUCGGCGCUCCAGCAGGACAGCCCAGAUGUGGUACCAGUUGAGAGGCGAGGACCUGGAGACGGUGCAGGCUGCAUACCUUGGCCUCAAGGGCCAGAACUACAACAACAGCAGCAGUAGCGGUGGCGGCAAGCCUGGAGGCUGGCCCAGCCAUGUGCAUGACAACCACAGCUUUGCUAUAGACCUCAGUGAAGGCAUCAGAGAGCUGGCUGGCACGACCCCUGGCAUGGACAAAGAUCCCUGGACUCCAAGACCCAGCGUGCUGAGUCCCAGGGACCCUUCCAGCUCCCCAUGCACUUGUGUGGUCGUCCACAUAGUGAACCAGAAAAGACCCUGCCCAUCUCCACUCCCACCCCAGGAAUGACCCACUUGGCUUGCAGCAAACCUACCAGGGUCACCUUCCUAGCCGGUCGCCAGCAACUCCAUGUGUCUAGCCUGGAAUUGGCCAGUGAAAUCAGCCUUCAGGUGCAGGAGCCUUUCAGGGCCCUGCAGGGAACACUCUGUCCAGAAGGAGCCAGGCUGUAGUAACUUCAAUGACUCACUUGAACCAGCUGCUAAGGUUAAGUGCCACGGCAGCCUCCCUCCAACCAGCAUUCCUCUAAAGAGACUGGGCGACAUUUUCAGCAGAUCUAGUUUUGCACAUUAGAAUAAGAAAACGGCAGUAAACUUCCUUUCAGCAAUUUCAGCUGGCCCCCUCCGUAUUCUCCUGGGAGGAUACCCAGUUUUGAAGCAGGGACCUCCCCAGGGCUCUGUAUCUAGCAUAUGUAAAGUGCAGGUGAGGGAAAUAGCAGCUCUUUCUCCUACUGAAGGUUACAAAGGUAAAAAUCACUGUCCCAGCUGCCCAUCCCUACACAACCUGAAACAUAGCAGCACAAAACCCUAAUAAUGUGUUAUUACCUCCUGGUGCUGCCGUCUUCUCAGGCAUCUUGCUGGGUGGUCCCCACUCCAUCUCUUCUGUAGCAGGUGCCAUCUGCUGGUGGCUACAGUGGGGUCAUAUUAAAGGGUGAGUCUCUCAGGUCUGGAGUUGCCGCUGGUAGUCAGCAGAGGCUUCAGGGAGUUUUGGCUGGAACAUCCACCCUUCCGCCCUUCCCCUGUGACUGCCUCGUGUGUCCUGGGCUUCCUUCCAACAUGGCACCUGCUUUCUAAGGUGACAGUCGGACACGCGCACCAGGUAGUGGCUGUUUCAGUUUUCAGCUCUCAGCCAUGGAAGUCACUUGCCUUCACUUCUGCUGCAUCCUAUUUAUUGGAGCCCAGGUGGCCCCAUAAUAAGGGGUGGGCCAUGGACCCCACUGCUAGGCAGAAGGAAUACCAAAGAAGUAGCAGGCACACAAGCCCAUCCCAGGAGCAGGCGGCUGUAGCACACAUCUGCAGUCUCAGCUAUUCAGGAGGCUGAGAUGGGACUAUUGCUGGAGCCCACAAGUUUGAGACCAGCCAGCACAGCAGAGUAAGACCUUGUCCUCAGACAAUAAAACCACAGGGCUGGAGUUUAGCUCAGGGGUAGAGCACUUGCCAAACAUCACGUGGCCCUGGAUUCUAUCCCCGGCGUCUCAAAACAAAACAAAACCAAACCAAAAACUAAAACCAUUGCAAUCAUCUCUAAGCUAGUUUCUUGUUAAACAAUUUUAUGAAAGGGACCCCAGGUGAGUAUGGUGAUGCAAACCUGUGAUUCCAGCACUCCAAGAGGCUGAGGCAGGAGGCUCACAAAUUUGAACUUGCUAGGCAACUUAGCAACUUUUUGAGAUCCUUUCUACUGAGUUGGUUUUUUGUUUUGUUUUGUUUUGUUGUUUUUGGUGCUGGGGAUCAAACUCAGGACCUUGCGUUUGUGAGGUAGGUGGUGGAACCACUGAGCUAAAUCCCCGACCCAAAGAAGAAAGCCAGAAAAGGGGCAGAGAGGCAUGGGGGAUGGGGCCAGAGGGGUAUCCUGCAGGAUUUUUGUAAACAGCAGCCUUGGUCAGAAAGCAGGGGAAACAGACAAGGAGGGAAACGUGUUUACAGCUGCAGUGGAGGGCGUGAGGUGGAGGGAGGGAUUCCCCAACUCUGUGCUCAGCCCUCUCUGCUCUGGUGGGGUCCCGAGGCUGAGACCCUUUCUAAAAAAAAUUUUGAAAGGGAGGGCUGGCAAUGUAACAGUGCAAAGGUCCUGGGUUCAAUUCCCAGUGUCACCAAAAGGGAGAGGGGCUGACUUUUAUCCUCCCACCCUCAUUCCCAAAGGGAAUAGCUUCUGUGGCAGAGCUAUUUGCUCAUAUAAAGCUGGUUUUAGAUCUGGUCUUAGAUGUUUGCUUCUGCUGCUGCACCUUUUGGUUGUUUAAGAUGAGCUCAGGGCUCAUUCUGUAGCUCCAGGCCCCAGGCUCUCUCAACUCUGAGCCCAGUGUUUGCCCUAGGUCAAUUAAAAACAUACCUGCAGCCUCACACAGUUUGGGGUGUGACCUGUCUCUGGCCAUUGAGAAAAGUUGACUUUCCUCUGCUUCCUUCCUGGAGGCCCAGCAGCCACACUGGGGCCUUUGGGAGGAACUAGAAGAGAAGCAGCUUCCUUUACACGCUGUCUCUUGCCUACUGAAGUGAUGUUUGUCAUGUUUUUGUGUCUCUGACAACCAAAUACCUGAUAGAAGCUGCAUAGAGAGUCUGUCUGAUGGAUAUCCCAUGAUUGAUGUGACUAAUCACCAGCUGAGGGACACUUCGGUGUUCCACUUUCUUUGAUGUUGCAUUUGUAGACACCUUGGUCUUGAUGCCCUUCAUGUUGGGAUGCCCUUUUCAUUGGUAGAUUUCCAGUGUAGGCUUGAGAGAGCAGGGGGUACAUUUGGUUUUUCUUGUCCUGCUUGGGGGCCCUAGUGGGACACAUAGCAGGAUGCUGAGAGGGACAGUGCAGACAUGGCCCCAGCAGGGGAGCAUCUUCCCCAGCCACUGCCUGGCAGAUCUGGAUGCAGAACUCAAACCACUCGGCUCCUGGGACUGCAGCAAUGCUGGUCAGGGCCUGGCAUGAGCAACAAAAGGCUCUGAGUUCCAGCCCCCACCAAGCCCCCUUCAUACCCCCCCAACUUGGAGUUGUGGGAGCCAAGAUGGCAGAGGCUGUAGACCCUACCACACGGGGCAGGUUGGGGGCUGAGAGGUCUGUUGUGAAGGCUUGGGGAUGCAAGGGCAGACCAGGGUUUGUUUCCUGAGCUGCUGGAACAGAGGUAGAGAGGACUAGAGUGAAUGGCUAGCUCCUUGGACUGCGAGUUACAGAAAUGGGUGUCCACAUGGCUACAGAGGGGCUACAGUGGGCAGAGAGGCAGGGGCCUGGCAGGGCAGAGCUAUUGCUCAAGAGAGAAGUACGCUGGACCCCUAAGUCUGCACCAUGGACAGGGGAAGUGCAGGACAAGUGAGCUGAGUCCUCCCACAGGGUUUGAGCUGUGGGACCCUGCCUCAGGGGACAAGGUAGGGGGCAGCUGGCCUCACCUCCCCCCAAAACUCUAGAUGUCCAGUUAUAUUAGUACUGGGACAAGAGGGGGACCACUUACCACCAUGCUUUUCUUGCAGU